UCUGACGUCACGCCUAUUGUAAGAAAAAAUAGCCUGGGAGAAAUCUUUUAAGGGAGCGUGUAUAACGUUAGUGGAACCGUUUGUCUUGCUCAACGGUCAGGAAUGUCAGCUGGCAGCGACAACGGAGCUCGGCUCAACCAGUUCAAAAACAAAGGGAAAGACGCCAAUGAGCUAAGGCGCAGGAGAGCGGAAGUCAAUGUGGAGCUCCGAAAAGCAAAGAAAGAUGAUCAGAUCCUGAAGAGGAGAAAUGUCCAGAGUCUUCUGGACGAGCCGACCUCUCCUCUGCAAGAGAAGGAUCCGAACGCACAGCCUCCUCAGCACUGGUCUGUGGAGGAGAUUGUAGGAGGUGUGAACAGCCAGAACCUUGAUCAUCAGCUCCAGGCCACUCAGGCAGCCAGAAAGCUCCUCUCCAGAGAAAAGCACCCACCAAUUGACAGCAUAAUUGCUGCCAGCCUCAUCCCAAGGUUUGUUAGUUUUUUGGCAUUGUCUGAAUGUCCUCCCAUCCAGUUUGAGGCAGCUUGGGCUCUGACCAACAUCGCCUCAGGUACAUCAGACCAGACCACUGCUGUCGUGGAAGGAGGGGCCAUCCCAGCCUUCAUCAGCCUGGUGGCAUCACCCCACCCACACAUAAGCGAGCAGGCCAUUUGGGCCUUGGGUAACAUUGCAGGUGAUGGAUCCAACUACAGAGACCUAGUGAUCAAACAUGGUGGACUCCAGCCACUCCUGGCCCUGCUGGCAGCCCCUGACCUGUCUGUGUUUCCUUCUGGCUACCUGCGCAAUGUCACCUGGACGCUGUCCAACCUGUGUCGGAACAAGAACCCAGCCCCUCCUUUGACGGCGGUGCAGCAGCUACUUCCAGCCCUGGUGCGCCUCCUGCACCAUGACGACAGGGAGAUCCUAGCCGACACCUGUUGGGCUGUGUCCUAUCUUACAGAUGGCGUCAAUGAGAGGAUAGAGGUGGUCGUGCAGGCUGGUCUGGUGCCCCGUCUGGUACAGCUUCUUGCCUGUGGGGAGCUCUCUAUUGUGACUCCAGCCCUGCGGUCACUUGGCAACAUUGUGACUGGGACAGAUGAGCAGACCCAGUGUGUUCUGAAUGCAGGUGCCCUGGCGAUGUUACCUGGCCUCCUACGUCACCAAAAGCCCAACAUCCAGAAAGAAGCAGCCUGGACAGUGUCCAACAUCACUGCUGGCAAAGACACCCAGAUUCAGGAGGUUAUCAAUGCAGGACUGAUACCCAUCCUAGUGGAGAUCCUCCAACAGGCAGACUACAAGACCCAGAAGGAGGCAGUGUGGGCUGUCACCAAUUACACCAGCGGUGGAACAGUGGCCCAAGUGGCCUACCUCGUCCACUGCAAUGUGCUGGGGCCUCUGCUCAACCUACUGACAGCUAAAGAAUGCAAGAUCAUCUUGGUCAUCCUGGAUGCAAUCUACAAUAUUUUACAGAUGGCAUUUAAAGCUGGUGAGAUUGAGAAACUGUGCCUAAUGAUUGAGGAGUUGGGUGGUUUGGACAAGAUUGAAGCACUGCAGUCCCAUGACAACGAAGCAGUCUACAAAUCCUCUCUAAACAUUAUAGACAGAUUUUUCUCUGAAGAGAAUGAAGAUGAUGAGUCUGUGGUUCCUGAGGCUACAGCAGACAGCUAUACCUUCCAGAUUUCCAAAGACCAGAGCACUUUCCAGUUUUAACACGUCCAGUUUGCUCUUUGUAACAUAUAAAAAACUGAAAAUUCUUACUUUUGUUUUAUAUUUUUGUAAUUUUUUUAGACAUUUCAU